UCUUCCUUUUCUGCUCUCCUCUUUCCAACUCCUAAGCUUGUAACAAUCCAUGCAACUAAAGUUAUUGCCCCUUCAGAUACAUUUUUUUUCUGUUGCUAUAGCAUACUGUCUGUCCUUGCCUUUCAGCUCUAGUUAUCUGCCCCUGGAGUUUACUACUUGCUCCCACUUUUAGCUGCACCCUCUAACCUCUCAUCUGUAUAUACAGUAACUGCCCUUGGAUUCUAGUACCUGCCCCUUUCCCUAUAUGUAAGCAGAUCCCUUCUGGGCACUUUUGAUCUAAAAGAGAAACAAUUUUUUUUUUCCACUAUGGUUACACCCGGGAAUAUUGGUUCCUUCACAGUUUGGGACUACCUGGUGUUUGCUCUGAUGCUGCUGAUCUCAGCAGUGAUUGGAAUCUAUUAUGCUUUUGCUGGGGGUGGACAGAAGACCUCUAAAGAUUUCCUGAUGGGUGGGAGAAGCAUGACUGCUGUGCCAGUGGCCCUAUCCCUAACUGCCAGCUUCAUGUCUGCAGUAACCGUGCUGGGUACCCCAGCAGAAGUAUACCGCUUUGGAGCCAUGUUCAUCAUAUUUGCCUUUUCAUAUACCAUAGUGGUGAUAAUCAGCUCCGAAGUCUUCCUGCCGGUGUUCUACAGACUAGGAAUCACUAGUACUUACGAGUACCUUGAACUCCGCUUUAAUAAGUUUGUCCGGCUCCUCGGCACUAUACUUUUCAUCAUACAAACGGUCUUGUACACUGGAAUUGUUAUUUAUGCCCCUGCUUUGGCUUUAAAUCAAGUGACUGGGUUUGACCUGUGGGGUGCUGUUGUUGCCACAGGAGUGGUUUGUACCUUCUACUGCACAAUGGGAGGCCUGAAAGCUGUGGUUUGGACAGAUGUGUUCCAAGUUGGAAUCAUGGUGGCUGGUUUUACUUCUGUCAUCAUAAGAGCGGUUGUGGUUCAGGGUGGCAUUGGUCCUAUUUUGAAUGAUUCUUACUACGGAGAUAGAUUAAAUUUUUGGGAUUUUGAUCCUAACCCUCUGAAAAGACAUACCUUUUGGACAAUUGUAGUUGGAGGAACAUUUACUUGGACCGGAAUCUAUGGAGUAAACCAAGCUCAAGUUCAGAGAUAUAUUGCUUGUAAAACCAGGUUCCAAGCUAAAAUGUCUUUGUAUGUGAAUCUUGUUGGACUUUGGGCAAUCCUGGCUUGUGCUGUAUUGAGUGGAUUGGCCAUGUAUUCAAUAUAUAAAGACUGUGAUCCCUGGACUGCCAAGUUUGUGUCUGCCCCAGACCAGCUGAUGCCCUACCUGGCUUUGGAUAUUCUGCGGGAUUACCCAGGACUCCCAGGACUCUUUGUUUCAUGUGCUUACAGUGGGACAUUAAGUACGGUUUCCUCCAGUAUAAACGCUUUGGCUGCUGUAACAGUGGAAGACCUUAUAAAGCCUUACAUCAGAUCCCUCAGUGAAAAAAAGAUGUCUUGGAUCUCCAAAGGAACAAGUCUUCUAUAUGGGGCAAUAUGCAUUGGAAUGGCUGGUCUAGCAUCUCUGAUGGGUGGCUUGUUACAGGCAGCUCUCUCUAUUUUUGGCAUGGUUGGGGGUCCAUUGCUGGGCCUGUUUUCACUGGGGAUCCUCUUCCCGUUUGUAAAUUCACUAGGUGCUGUAAUUGGUCUCCUGUCUGGCUUUGCAAUUUCUCUGUGGGUUGGCAUUGGAUCCCAGAUUUAUGCCCCCUCUCCAUCCAGCAGCUUACCCAAACCUCUUUCACUAGAGGGCUGCAAUUUCACAAGCAUUGAAAGCAACUGGACUUCCACUGUGAUGCCCAUGAUGACAACCUUAAUUCCUGAAACACAAGUCAGCAGCAGGCCAGAACUUGCUGAUAGCUGGUACUCGCUAUCAUAUCUGUAUUUCAGUACUAUUGGGACAAUAGUUGCAGUUUUAGUUGGUGUGAUAGUCAGCUUGCUUUCAGGAGGGUUAAAGCAAAAUGUAAACCGUGAAUUCCUCUUAACAUCUGAAGACUUUUCCUACUUAAAUGUUCUGUUCUCUCCUUGCAAGGAGAAAGGGCAGGAAGAAAAAGUUGAAGUGUUGAACUGGAAGGCACGCAGAACAGAUAAUGAUAUGGAGCAAGGCACAGAUAACCCCGCAUUCAAUAAUAUGGAAAUGACCUCUACGGAAAAGGGAGAGAAAACAAAUGGAAUUACGGCUUAAUAUCUGUCAAUAUUCUGUACUGUUUAAUUAAGGGGAAACAUAAAGGGUGGUUAUCAUCAAGCUGGAGCUUGAUAUUUCAGAUAUUUGCACCUGUUCUUCCUAUGUAUAGAUUGUAUUACAAGUUUAUUUGAUUCAGAACUGCAGGUUUAUAAGAUUCAGACAAAGCAAGCUGUGCAUGGCAAUUACACUAAAGAGGAUGUAAACCAUCACUAAAUGCUAUUAUUUGCUCCAUCUAUUGUUUUGAAGUUGAUGUCCCAAUUAAUUAUAUGUACCCGCUGGUCGGGCAGGUUUGGGCUGGCCAAGUAUUUAUUCUGAGGGUUAGGUGGUGGACCAAACUUUUUCAAGCAGAAACUCAAGCCUAAGAGUUGCAUACGAAAACCACAAAAAUAAAAAAUGUUUACAGAAUUGUAUCUGUUGUCUACACCAUACUGAAAGUUGAUUUUACUUAAUUUCAUCCCUUUUAACCUUGAAAAAUUAAAUGGGAGCUUAAUGUACCCUUAAUAGCAACUUUGGACUUGCUCAAGGGUAAAUUGUAUAUGUAUCAUAUGUCAUUUGUACUGCAAUGGUUAUUACAUAUAAUCCAGAAAUUAUAUUUUAGCCUAAGAGCUUAGAAAACAAAAUAGAGCAAACAACUCUUGUAUAAAAUAAACCAACUAAAUUGCCUUUAAAUUCCCUACUUCUCACCCAAUUCAUUGCUGUUAUACAAAUAUGUUAAACAUGUAUGUGUGUUUUUUAUGGUUUAAAUAAAUAAAGUGUGUUUUAAAUCUUUA